AUGAGAUAUCUCUACGCCUUGUUCACGGCGCUAUUUCUUCUCGCAGAAACAGUGCUGUCGUUGUCGCCUGCGGAAUGGCGUUCUCAGUCGAUUUACUUCCUCUUGACUGAUCGGUUUGGUCGGACAGACAAGUCGACCUCUGCUUCGUGUGACGUGAACAAACGCGAAUACUGUGGUGGGACAUGGCAGGGAAUUAUCAAUCAACUGGACUAUAUCCAAGGGAUGGGAUUCACGGCCAUUUGGAUCACCCCGGUGACGGAUCAAUUCUAUGAAAGCACCGGUGACGGCACUUCAUAUCAUGGCUAUUGGCAGCAGGAUAUAUACGAAGUCAAUCCUAAGCUAGGCACUUCCGAUGACUUGAAGAGCCUGGCCGACGCACUGCACAAACGGGGAAUGUAUCUGAUGGUAGAUGUGGUUCCUAACCAUAUGGGCUACAAAGGAAUCGGCUCCUCGGUCGACUACAGUGUCUUCAAUCCCUUUAGCUCCUCCAGCUACUUUCAUCCCUACUGCUUGAUCUCGAACUACAAUGACCAAUCCAACAUCGAGAACUGCUGGCUGGGAAGCACCACUGUCUCCCUUCCUGAUCUUGAUACUUCGCAGUCUAAUGUCCGGACAAUCUGGUAUAACUGGAUCCGGGAUUUGGUUUCGAAAUACUCCAUUGACGGCCUGAGAGUCGACACCGUCAAACAUGUCGAAAAGUCCUUCUGGCCCGGAUUCAAUAGCGCUGCUGGCGUUUAUUGUGUCGGAGAGGUCUUUCAGGGCGACCCGGCAUAUACCUGUCCUUACCAGAACUACAUGGAUGGGGUGUUGAAUUACCCGAUCUACUAUCCCCUCCUUCGCGCAUUCCAAUCCUCCAGCGGCAGCAUCAGCGACCUCUACAACAUGAUCAACUCGGUCUCCUCCAGCUGCUCAGACCCUACUUUGCUCGGAAAUUUUAUCGAAAACCACGACAAUCCUCGAUUUGCACACUACACGGGCGACUACUCCCAAGCCAAAAACGUCAUCUCCUUCCUUUUCCUCUCCGACGGCAUUCCCAUCAUCUACGCCGGCCAGGAACAGCACUACAGCGGCGGCGAAGACCCCGCGAACCGCGAAGCUACCUGGCUAUCUGGCUACUCGACGUCCUCGGAGCUUUAUACAUUCAUUGCGCGCACGAACGCAAUCCGUCGAUUAGCUGUGGCGAAGGACUCAGGAUACAUUACAGCUCGAGUAAUCCUCCUCCCCCUUCAUAACCUUCACCUUCCCAAGAUGAAACUAAUUCGAAACCAGAACACCCCCUUCUAUCAAGACUCCAACACCCUCGCCAUGCGCAAAGGCUCUUCUAACAAUCCCGUCAUCACCGUCCUCAGCAACCGCGGCUCCUCCGGAAACACCUACACCCUGACCCUCAGCAACACGGGCUACUCGUCCGGCACAUCUCUAACAGAACUCUACACCUGCGCGACCAUAACCGCCGGCUCGGGCGGCUCCCUCUCCGUCCCCAUGGCAUCGGGACAACCUCGCUCUCUCGUCCCUACCUCCUGGCUCUCUGGCAGCGGCCUCUGUGGCUCCACGGGUCCUCCAUCAACAACGCUAACCACGACCACCGCCAAACCAACCACCACAUGCGCCGCAGCUGCAACAUCCCUCUCCGUGGUCUUCAGCUCGCGUGUCACCACCUCUUUCGGCGAAAAUAUCUACCUAACCGGAUCGAUUGCGCAGCUGGGUAGCUGGAAUCCAGACAAGGGGGUUAAGUUGUCCGCGGAGAAGUAUACGGCGUCGAAUCCGGUGUGGGAGGGGAGUGUUUCGUUGCCCGUGGGCUCGGCGUUUGAGUUUAAGUUCGUGAAGAAGAAUACGGCUGGGAAUUGGGUUUGGGAGAGUGAUCCCAAUCGGAAGUUUACUGUUCCUGGGGGUUGUGAGGGGGGGAGUGUUAGUGUGGAUGCGGUUUGGAGGUGA